CGUUGCCCGGAAGAGAGCGGCCUGACUGCUGGUGCCGAGACUCGCGGGCCUUGAGGGCGGGGGCGUCACAGCCCGCCACCACGCCGUGAGCCCCGCCUGGACCAGCACGAAGUACAUGCAGAGCUGAGUCUGUCGCAGCGUGGUGGUGGUCUGCCAUGACGUCCAGCCUUUCAGAAGAAGAGCAAGAAGCGGCCCGGCCGGCCAGGGCUGCCAUGGCACACUUCUCUGAGGAGACUUUGAAGUCCCUGACCGAUGAGGUAGGGAGUUUCCUUUCUUUCAGUUCCUCUGACGGAGAGCAGCCCAGGCCCAGUGCCUCAGGGAGCGAACGAGGGAGUAGGAAGCCGACUCCAAGGUUGGAAGAACAAGAUAAGCGAUCUGAGAUGUGGGGCUUCAAGCGCAAUGAAAAUGAGCUGUGUGAAAAGUGGAUCAGCCACCUCAAGGGCAAAGAACGUAACCCUGGACCGGACCAACCGGACGGCCAACUUCAGACGGAAGACGCUUUCGUGUCCGAAGAAGAACUGAAUACCCUUCAGACUUUUUGCAGCGUGAAGAUAAACUUGAUCCACCAUCGAGUGUCUUCCAAGGAGAAGAAGAGCCGCAGACGUAAAAGGCUGCGGGUUCCAUUGGAUGGAGAGGCCUCACAUUGCCCUGUCCCUGCUGAACUUUUAAACAGAAUCUAUUUUAAAAAUAUGAGGAUGACAGUAGAACAGGUGGCAGCAGCUGAGGAACACAUUUCUUCUCAAUGUCCAGAUUGUAAUAGGAAAAGGGCAGAGCUGGCCCAGGCGGCCUUCCUGAGACAAAAGAAGACGUUACUGGAGUCACUGCUACUCCAAGAGAAAAUAGAUGAACAUCUGCACACGAAGGACGUUCUCACUCGUAUUAGAGAAGCACAUCAGGGCCUUCCCAGGCUCUCAGAUGACCCAAAAAUAAUCUGGAGAAGACUGAAUGAGAAAAGUCAGAUCGGAUGUCGUGGUAUUGAAAGGCCAGAUACAAAGCAGAAGCUGUAGCUAGAUGGAAACAGCACUUGUCAUUCAUCUUUGCCACUUCUCAAGCCACUUACUUUAACCAAACAGGGCAUGAAGAUCAUUACCAACAAUGAAUAAUGGGGGUAGAUAUUCUUGUUGUGCAUUUGGGUAAUUACUGUCAUUUUUACAAGCCCUUUGGAAACUAAGAUAUUAAUAUGCUUCUUUCUCAGAUUUAAGGUCUAAGAACUUUGCAACUAGUACACUUCUCAGAUUAUGGAAAGCCAUAUUGGAGUAGUUGCAAAACUUUUACAUCAAUGCAGGAGAGAGAUGCUAAUAUUUUGGAGUAGAAUGGUGAUAGCAUGCAGAGAAAGAAGUACACAGAUGCUAAGAGUGACUUAAGAAGCAAUAAUUGACUGUAUUUGGUUAUGAAAUGGCCAUGGGGAUUUAAUAAAAGCCAGGUUGUGACAUUGCCAGGGAGCCCUUAUCAGAAUUCCAGGACCAUACUUUUGAGACCCUUCAGCCAGCAGAAUGGUAAACCAACAUUGGGCAUGGAGCCAGGUCAUAACAAGGCUCUCAGAUUAAGGGUAAAAGGAAAAUGUUGAGUGGAGCUCCCAGCUGACCCAUGAUAGACAUGGAGAUUGGACCAUUAACCUGAAGCUGGAUAUGCAGUGGAUCAGCCAGGACACCAAUCUAUGCCCAUAUGGGAUGCCAGCAUUGCGGGCAGAGGCUUCACACGCACAGGCCACAAUUCGAGACCCACAUCUAAAUAAUGUGGCAGAAAAGCAAAAUCAAUUUACACCAACCCACAGAGAUGAGGACUAUGGAAGAGAAUAUGACAGCAACCGAUUUCAAAGGUGGAGGAGAAGGACAAGCAUUAAUUACUUGUCAGAAGACAUGUGAAAUCUACUCAGGGAUGCAGGGGAGUCCUGAGCAAGCACAUUAGCAAAUCACUGUCCCUUCUAAAGACCUGAGAAGUGGACGGAGGUGCUGGUUCCAAAGGCAGAAUGGAAGUAAGAUUGUUAAUGUCAUAACGUACAUAAAGCACUUGGAACAGGAUCUGACAUAUGGUGAGUGCCACAUCAUCUUCAUUACCCUAGAGACAGAGCUCCACUUCUUCAUGAUGCACUAGUGAUGAUAAGGGGUUGGCUUCAGUAAACAGCUACUUUUUCUCUUCCUUCUCCCCAUCCUCCUCCUCCUCCCUUCUUCUUGAGAGGGAGACAGACAGAUCUUCUACCCACUACUUCACUCCCCAAAUGGCUGCAAAGGCCAGAGCUGGGCAUAUCUGAAGCCAGGAGCC